AUGAACUGGGACUUGCUCAGAAAUGCUCUCGAAAAAAACAUAACUCUUUCGACUAGAACAAGAACAAUAGCUGACAUUAAAAAUGCAGUUAAAAAAAUGACGGACGACAUUAUUAAUGCGGCAAAAUCAGGAACUUCGGCAUCUACUAAUGGUAAACGCCAGCCUACAUACCCACUGGAUAUAAGAAAUCUAGUACAACAAAAACGCCGAGCGAGAAGAAUAUGGCAUAAUAAACGGCAUCCAACAGAUAAAAUCGAAUGGAACUGUAUAAGCAAAAUACUUAAUAACAAAAUUAACGAAAUGAAAAAUGAAAUUUUCAGAUCAUACUCAAAUAGUCUCUCUGCAACGGGUAAUACCGAUUAUUCAUUAUGGAAAGCCACAGGACAUAUGAAGAGACCUCGUGUUCAGGUAUCAACCAUCCGCAAGAAAGAUGGCACCUGA